AUGUCACUGGGGAACAAGAUGGGGAGGUUCCUGGAUCCUCGGGGCAAGCCGGCCGUCACCGAGGGAGCUCGCCGUCCACGCCGGCCGAAGAACAGGAAUCUUCGGUGCCUGCCUCUGACGAAGACUCACCGGCCAGGACCACAGAGAGCUGGCAGUGGCCGUUGUCCUCGUCUGAAACGCACAGCAACGUGGGGGAGGAUUUUGAGGGAUUUCAAACGCCAGCGCGGACUCCGGAGUGUACCAUGGACAUACAGUCUCCUGGGGAUCAGUCACUCAGUAGGACUCCUCAGUUUGAAAGUGACUCUCCUGAGGAGGAGGGAAAUGAUGAAAUGAAUGAAGAGCACCGCGGUGUUGAGCCUGUCCCUAGGGAUCGGGGUUGGAGAGGGCAGCCCCAGCUAACAGAGGGAGAGAAGCUGUUGAUGGAAACCAACAGUAGGAUUGUGCAGCUGCUGGAAAAUAUCAAGAGGGAGCAUGCACAGUCCAUGGGUCUCAUGUCACAGUCCAUGGGCCGUAUGGAGCUGCAGCUGGGCAUUGUGGCUACCUCCACAAGAGCCAUCCAUAACUACCUGUCAGAGAUUUUAGCUUUCCUCAAGCAGCCAAGGACGCAGGUCCUUGAAACGCGCAUCUCCCAAAGAGCCACCCCCCAUGUCGAGUUAACCUGUGCCUCGACAUGGACUGGUGAGGACGCAGUGGCAUCCUCCACUGUGUGCUUACCGGGGGCCGAAGGGACGAGCGACUCUCGAGAACCACCGCAGGCCACGCUGCCUUGUCGCAGUGGCCGGCUGCAGAGAGCCAUAACCGAGAGGGCCUCGUUGCCCAUGCCUACACGCCAGGCAAAAGGGGGAGGGAAGAAAAAAUAACCACACCAUAGGAUUUUUAGGGGUUUUUUUAAUGUGCCUGUCCUUUUAAUUCUUAGCCAUAAGGCCAUCAGUGGCAGAAUUCAACCAUUUCCUACAUUGGCUAACAUUGUAUUCUGGCUGACUAGAUUAGUCUAACAUUUUGUAGUUUAUAUUUGCACUGUUAACGAUGUGUGCUGCUGGUAUUUGAAGAACAUUUGCCUCUGUUCUUUCACUUUAACUUCAUACGAGCAUUUUUUUACUCUGUGCCAGGCAUUCAUUGCUUUUCUUACAAAUACAAGUC